CAUGCCAUCCAAUGCUAUACAGUAUCGACAAUUUCUGAUAAUCCGGAAUAUCCGUCUAGAUGACAGUCGUUACUACCUUUGUACAGCUACUAACACAGAAGGCAAAGCCUCUAAACCUGUUCAUAUAAUAGUACUUCCAAAACCUCACGUGAAACCUACAGUUGCACUACCACCAAGUUUACAGGGAAAAUACGGUACAACUAUAACGCUAACAUGUAACGUCACAGGAUAUCCUACACCAACUAUAAAAUGGUAUUUUAAUGGCAAAGCAUUGUCAACAAAGGCAAAUAAACACGAAAUACAGAAUGCAACGUUAGCAGAAAUGGGAGCUUAUACAUGUGAGGCAACGAAUGAUGUUGGUAUCAGUAGGACUGAUGCAGUUUUUAUAGUCCACGGCACUGCACCGAGUCUGACAACUACGCCACCACAAUCUGUUAUGGCGACUCCAAACAAUCCUCCCAGCUUUACCUGUCGAGCGUCGGGAGAUCCUAUUCCUACAAUAACUUGGGAGUUUAAACCGUUUGUUGGAACAACUAGCAGUACAUACCAAGCUGAGCUUUCAGCAGACCAUUCAACUCUUACAUUACCAAACAUAACUAAAUCUGGACUAGUAACUUGUACAGCUAGUAAUCCGUUUGGUCGUGUUCAAGCGUCCUCUUCUGUAAUAUAUAUCCCUGCGACUAGCAUGGUUGGUUGACAGACAUCAGUCCUGGUUUAACUCGCUCGCCUCCUCAAUACCUACAGAUGUUUGUGAAAAGAAAUUCAUGUAUUUAGAAAUAAAUGAUGAACAAAUUAUA